AUGGUGAAUUCCUAUUCCUCGAUUAGUUACAAACAGUUCUGCGCCUAUUCAGCAAUACGAAAUCUUAAGAAAUACGCAUUAGUAGUAGGUGGUUGGUACAUUUUGAGGAACUGGAACGACGCCGAUUUUGAUAAAAAUCAAGUUUUGAUAAAACUUCACGUAGAUUUUGGAGUAACGCCCUUUUUCAAAAUUGCCGUCGAACCUAACCCAAGAAUUCCAGGACGAAAUGCCAUCAGGAUAUCUCCGGCAGGAUUAGGACUUCCUGACAAGGAGUACUACUACACUGACUCAGACGACAGGGUUCAAACAGCCUACAAAAAUCUAAUCAGGGACGCGAUAAUCUAUCUAAGUACAGCCACAAAUGAAGCGAUUAAAUUUGGAACCGAUAUUUUUUCGUACGAAAAACGUAUCGCCGAAGUUACACCAAGUAGCGUUACUCUACAGAAUCCAAUACACACUUACAACGUUUUUACACUGACCGAACUUAAAGAUACCGUCCAACUGCCUUUAUUUGAUAUUUUGACCGGUCUGUACCCAGAAUCAAAUAUUACUGAAAAUACUGAAGUUAUUGUAACAUCCCAAGAAUAUCUACAAGAAAUAUCCCUAAUUAUUUCCUCUACGGAUAGGAAAACUAUGAACGGCUAUUUAAUAUGGACUUUGGUUAAAAAUUAUUUGCCUUAUUUAUCUACAGAAUACACUUCAGCAAUAAAUACGUUUUAUGGCGAAUUGUUAGGUAUCCAACAUCCUCCAGAAAGAUGGGAAGUUUGUACAGGAAUCACCAAGAAAUUUAUGGGACUUGCCAGUGAAGUUUUAGAAGAAAUUGAGAAUCCUUUGCCUGAAAAAACCGUAAAACUUGUAAAUGAAACCUUUCAAACUAUUUUAAAAACUGUUAAAACUAGAUUAGACAGUUUAGAAAUAGAAUAUAGUGCGUUAUAUAAACAACUCAAACUUAAGUUAAACAGCAUGUCCCUGCAAAUUGGCCUCCCAGAAAAAGUAAAAUCAGAAGAAUACCUAAAACAUUACUACCUUAAACUGAAAAUAUUUAAAAUCAACUUUUUUGAGAGCAUAACAAAUGGUGUGUUCUUCCAAAAAAAGUUGGACGAAAAAAAAUUAAUUUCUUCUCCGCCUGAGGAUAUCAUUUUAGAAAACAGUUCGACGGAAAAAAUGCCCAGGGUAAUCUAUUUACCAGCUGAAAACGUUGUUAUAAUACCCAGGAUACUUUUGAGUGAACCUAUUUUUGAUCCAGAUUACCCCAAGUCCAUCAUCUAUGGUCGUCUAGGAGUGGAACUAUCAAACGCAAUUAUAUCCGCUGUUCUGCCAUAUGAUAGCCUUUGGACGUCUGACAGAAAAAUAUUGUCACCCUUCCACUCAACAGUCAAAGAAUCCUUGGAAUCGGCAGAAAAAUCCACCGAUUGCCUUGGUAAAUACAUUUUGGGCUUAAAUUUGGCGGUGCCGGCAUCUCUAGCCAAUGAAACGGCGUUAAAAAUGCUCAAGCAGAUGACAGCCGUAUCUGUGGCCAAUGAGGCUUUGUUGGGGUCUCUUGAAUAUGUAGAUCAUAUACAUCAACCGGCUUUGGAGGAAUUUGAGGAUUCGGCCUUAUUUUUCUUGUCAUACUCGCAGACUGAGUGUUCUGAAACCACAAAUCAACGGCAAUUCUAUGAAAAUAUUGUUAAUUUUGGACUCUCACAAAAAACUUUAUUGCACUUAAUAUGGUCUCAACUUCCUGAAUUCACUUCCGCCUUCGACUGCAGUGCCAAUAAGAAGUCGAUAUGUAAAAAAGUAUUUUAG